AUGGUUGAAAUUCCUGCAGGUCGAUUUCACAUGGGUGAGCGGAAGGAAAGAGUCCAGUUCCCACAGGAUGGCGAAGGGCCUGUGCGGCCGGUGCAGAUGUCUGGAUUUUGGAUGGACCGGUUCGAGGUCAGCAACCGGAAAUGGCAGGAUUUUGUGCAAGAGACAGGAUACCUGACGGAUUCCGAGCGUUUGGGUGACUCCUUCGUUGCAGAGCUCUACCUUUCCGACGCUGUUAAUGCAGCCAUUGACAAGAAAGUCGAUGCAGUACCUUGGUGGCUGCCAGUUCCGAACGCUUCGUGGCAUAAGCCUGAAGGUAGCGACAGUGCCCUGAGUGGUGCCAACAGCCGAUAUGGAGAUCGCUGGAAUCACCCUGUCGUGCAUAUCUCUUGGAACGAUGCAGAGGCUUACUGCAGAUGGAGAAAUGCUUCUUUGCCAACAGAGGCGCAGUGGGAAUAUGCUGCGCGAGGUGGCCUUGAAGGGAAGUUGUAUCCCUGGGGUGACACGAAGUAUGGCAAUGAAAGCAAGGAGAUCAAGCCACGCCAUCGGAUGAACAUUUGGCAGGGGACCUUUCCCAAAGAAAAUACAGCAAAGGACGGAUACCUGAAGACCGCGCCCGUGGAUGCUUAUGGGCCUCAGAAUGAUUGGGGCCUGUACAACCUAGUCGGCAAUGUUUGGGAAUGGACGAGCGACUGGUAUAGUCCAGUGCAUUUUCUGACGGAGAAGAACAAAGACACUGGCUUAGUGGAUCCGAAAGGGCCUGAAAUUGAGGAAUUGGACGAGCUAGUGGAGAUGGGAUACUUGAAAAAGGAUUCCUCCGGACAGUACGAGAAAAUCAAGAAAGGUGGCUCUUUCAUGUGCCACAAGUCUUACUGUUAUCGUUAUAGAAUCUGUGCCCGAAGCCACCUCACAGCGGAUGGUGCGGCGCAUCACACCGGGGUUCGCUGUGCUCGCGCCGUGGAGCCAAUCCGUGAAGAGCAGAAGUAA